CAGCCGAAUACCAUAACCCAGCCGGGACGGCACCCUGGGGUCACCAGCGCGGAGGGUCCGAGUCGACCCAGGAAGGUGGGGGACGCUGCCGCCGCCUCGACAGCUCGUCCCAGCACCUCGGGCUCACUCCCUCCAGCUCUCAGGAAAAACUGAAGAAGCGAGCUCGGUUCCUGGAGCCAGCGGGGUACAGUGGAGGCGCUGCGAGAAUCCUCUACAGCCUGGAAAUCCCAUCACCUUGCUUCUGAGAGACUUGGACGUAUAGGAACUGACAGCUGGCUGACAAAAAAACUCAUCCAGGGAGAGAAAAGACAUAAGUGAAGUAUGAAAUUUUGAAAAACAUUUUCAGGUAUUGAUUCUAACUUUUGAAGAUGGAUGAAGGUGUAGAGAUUUCAAGUGAUGGAAAUUCCCUCAUCAAAGCAGUCCAUCAGAGCCGGCUUCGCCUCACAAGACUCCUGCUAGAAGGUGGUGCCUACAUUAAUGAAAGCAAUGACCGUGGGGAAACACCUUUAAUGAUCGCUUGUAAGACCAAACAUGUUGAUCACCAGAGUGUCAGUAAAGCCAAAAUGGUUAAAUACCUGUUAGAAAAUAAUGCUGAUCCCAACAUACAGGACAAAUCUGGGAAAACUGCUUUGAUGCACGCUUGCCUAGAAAAAGCUGGUCCUGAAGUUGUUUCUUUGCUCCUAAACAGUGGAGCUGACCUCAGUUUGCAAGACCAUUCUAGUUACUCAGCCCUUGUGUAUGCUAUAAAUUCAGAAGACAGAGAGACCCUCAAAGUUCUGCUUAGUGCUUGCAAGGCAAAAGGGAAAGAGGUCAUUAUAAUAACAACAGCAAAAUCACCCUCUGGUAGGCACACUACCAAACAGUACUUAAAUAUGCCUCCUGCAGAUACAGGUGGGGGUCACUUCCCAGCUGCCUGUGCUACUCCUUCAGAAAUAGACAUAAAAACAGUCUCACUGCCACUUUCACAUUCUUCUGAAACUGAAAUGACACUUUUUGGCUUUAAAGAUCUGGAGCUCUCAGGAAACAGUGAUGAUACAGGGGACCCAGGCUCCCCGGGGAGAAAGCCUGCUAUGGCCCCUAAUGGGCCCAAGAUCCCCCAGGCUCCACCCUGGAUCAAGAGUCCUCCCUCAUUCAUGCAUCAGAACCGAGUGGCCUCCUUGCAAGAGGAGCUCCAGGAUAUUACUCCAGAGGAAGAAUUAUCCUACAAAACCAAUGGGCUGGCACUUUCCAAGAGAUUCAUCACUAGGCACCAAAGUAUUGAUGUAAAAGACACUGCUCAUUUGCUAAGAGCCUUUGAUCAGGCCAGCUCAAGAAAGAUGUCUUAUGAUGAAAUAAAUUAUCAAUCCUUUUUUUCAGAGGGAAGUCAGCAAUGCAUUGAAAUCCCUGCUGACCAGGAUCCAGACUCUAACCAGACAAUAUUUGCUUCUACCUUAAGAAGUAUAGUUCAAAAAAGAAACUCUGGGGCAAAUCACUACAGCUCUGACUCCCAGCUCUCAGCUGGUCUAAUCCCUACAACUUUAGAAGAUGGCAAAGCACUUACAGGAAAGAAAAAGAUCCUCUCACCAUCUCCUUCCUUGUUGUCGGGAUCCAAAGAACUGUUGGAAAAUAUCCCCCUAGGUCCCCUGAGUAGGAGAAAUCAUGCACUUUUAGAAAGGCGUGGCUCAGGAGCUUUCCCUUUAGAUCACGGUAUUACACAAACCAGACCAGGAUUUCUGCCCCCCUUAAAUGUGAAUCCUCACCCUCUCAUCUCAGAUAUGAAUGCCAACAAGAUUUCCAGCCUUCUUCCUUGUGGUCAAAAAGUGUUUAUGCCAACAGUUCCUAUUUUCCCUAAAGAAUUCAAAAGUAAAAAAAUGUUGUUCAGGAGACAAUCUUUGCAAACAGAACAAAUCAAGCAAUUAGUAAAUUUUUAAGAGAUGGCUAGAAAACACAUUUUGUUCAAAUAUCUAUAUCAGAAAAACAACUUGAGAAGAAAUCUCAAAUCUUCAUCCCUUUAAACCUUGUAACUGAUUAGCCCAUAAAAGUUAAGGAAAUCAAAAUGUACUGUGUAUCAUACUAGGUAUUGUGGACACACAAAUAAUAUAGUUUCCGUGAAGGGAAUUCUAACAAAGUUAUUUAGUAAAGUGAUUUUUCUCAAAACCUCCAAUAUUUAAGAACUUCCAUGUAGUCCAAGUUUUUAAUUUCAAUAAAAAUCAGCAAAGAAAGGUCACAGAUGUUAGAGUUAACUUUUUUUUUAAUUUCAGACUUUCCAAAUAUUUUAGUAGGCAACAUUGCACUCAAGUCAAUAAUUUUUUUAAAAAUUUCAAGUCAAUAAAUAAAACUGUAAUUUUGCAUAAUGCCAAAAG